AGCAUGUCCCAGCUGGACUUGGAGGAGCUGGCUGAAAUAGAGCUGCAGAGAGAUAAAGAGGAAGCAGCCGCUCUGAGCAUAGUGAGGAGGCCAUCGUCAGUGCCCGCGGCUGCCCAGGACCCUGUGCUGAGCAUGAAUCACCCCUUCUACGACGUGGCCAGGCAUGGCAUCCUGCAGGUGGCAGGGGACGACCGCUUCGGGAGACGAGUCAUCACCUUCAGCUGUUGCCGGAUGCCCCCCUCCCACGAGCUCAACCAUAGGCGUCUGCUGGAGUACUUGAAGUACACGCUGGACCAGUACGUGGAGAGUGAUUACACCGUCGUCUACUUCCAUUACGGGCUGAACAGCCGGAACAAGCCGUCGCUGGGCUGGCUGCGGAGUGCCUACAAGGACUUUGACAGGAGGUACAAGAAGAACUUGAAGGCGCUGUACGUCGUGCACCCCACCAACUUCAUCAAGGUCCUCUGGACCAUCUUCAAACCGCUCAUCAGUCAUAAGUUUGGGAAGAAAGUCGUCUAUCUCAAUGGCUUGAGCGAGCUCUGCGAACACCUCAAGUACGACCAGCUGAUCGUCCCCCCGGAGGUUCUGCGGUAUGAUGAAAAGCUCCGGAACCUGCACGAGGGCAGAUCGCCCCCUCCUGCCAUGAUGCCGCCGCCGCCCCCUCUGCCCGCCCAGCAGUUCGGCGUCAGUCUGCAGAGUGACCUCAAGGACAAAAAUCAAGGGGAGCUCAUCCCUCCUGUGCUGAGGUUCACGGUGACAUACCUGAGAGAGAAAGGACUCCACACUGAGGGCCUGUUCCGGAGAUCGGCCAGCGUCCACACCAUCCGCGAGAUUCAGCGGCUCUACAAUCAAGGGAAGCCGGUGAACUUUGAUGACUAUGGCGACAUCCACGUUCCCGCCGUGAUCCUGAAGACCUUCCUGCGAGAGCUGCCCCAACCGCUGCUGACCUUCAGGGCCUAUGAGCAGGUUCUCGGGAUCACCAGUGUGGAGAGCAGCCUGCGGGUGACCCGCUGCCGCCAGAUCCUGCAGAGCCUUCCAGAACACAACCGCACUGUCCUCAGCUACCUCAUGGGCUUCCUGCAUGAGGUGUCCCGGGAGUGCAUUUUUAACAGAAUGAACAGCUCCAACCUGGCAUGCGUCUUUGGGCUGAAUUUAAUCUGGCCGUCGCAGGGGGCGUCCUCCCUGAGCACCCUUGUGCCUCUGAACCUGUUCACCGAACUGCUGAUCGAGUACUACGAGAAGGUCUUCAGCACCCCUGAGGCACCUGAGGCCCUUGGGGAGCUCAGUGCCAGCACCCAAGGCAGGUCCAUGCUGAUUGGCCUGGGCCUGAGCCAGGUGCCCCGCCCCUACCUGGGCUGGGCCACCUUCCCCCGGCGUCGGUACAUGGCAGGGCGGGGAUUGCUGGGGCAGAGCCGGCCCCCUGCAGUCUUCUCUCGAAAGGACGCUGACCCUCGUGGACCCAGGCCCACUCUCAUGGCCUCGUUUACCCUCAGUUACUUCCACUAG